AGUUAAGGCUUUAUUUAUGUUAAUUAUUAGUUUCAAAGAUAUAUAUCACCUAUAUAACUUGUAAAACAUUAUAAACACACUUUCCUUUUGAUUUUUUUUUUUUCCUCAUGGAUCAAGUAUAUUCUGGUACUAUGAUAUAGCAUUAAGUUGUAAUACUCCCAAAGUUUGUCGGAUUUACUGGGAUUAGAUGUAUAUAACUUUUGGCUGUUUCGGUUUUGUUGGUUCCUACUGAUUCAAUGAAUGACUAAAUUGUUGUAGAUGCAUAUGUGGGGGCAUGGAUCACAAUAUAGGAAAGGCCCUGAAUCUCUAAGGGGAACUCAACCAACAGGUAUGCUAAGACUUCCUUGCUAUUGUUGUGCACCAGGGUGCAGGAACAACAUUGAUCAUCCAAGAGCGAAGCCGCUUAAAGAUUUUAGAACCCUGCAAACACAUUACAAGAGGAAGCAUGGUAUUAAGCCUUUCAUGUGCAGAAAAUGUGGAAAGGCAUUUGCUGUGAGGGGAGAUUGGAGGACUCAUGAGAAGAAUUGUGGAAAACUCUGGUAUUGCAUUUGUGGGUCUGAUUUCAAGCACAAGAGAUCUCUUAAAGACCAUAUAAAGGCUUUUGGAAAUGGCCAUGCAGCUUAUGGGAUUGAUGGUUUUGAAGAAGAAGAUGAACCGGCAUCUGAAGUAGAACAAGAUAAUGAGUCCACGCAGUGAAAUGGAUAUAUCAACUGAGUAUUAUAUAUAUUAGUUUACGAUCUUCUGUUGGGAUUGAUAUUCCCAGGCUUUCCAAGUAAGAAAACAUAGGCAUCAAUUUAAUUGCUUGGAGAGUUAACUUUUUUCUUCUGGUAUCUUUUUUGAAUUCUGGCCUAUCUAAGAAUUGUAGGAUACUCAUUAAACACAUCCAUGUUAGGCUAAGUUCAUGUAAAUUCCUUUUCUUUCUAAUUAAGUUCUUUAUUUUCUCCGUGAACUGAUGAGUGCUUACUUUGCUGAACCAGUUGGUGAUCAUGAUCAGUACAGAAAUCGGGAACUUCAACAUGUAUGCAAAUAAUUUAAUUAAUAUUCGACAAGAAAACCUAAAUUAUUAAUUAGAUUUUUCUUUCUUCAGUUCUUGUAUUUAGAACUAUUGAAAUUACGAAUAUUGAAGGAAGUAGAAACAAAAGAGGCGCAGAAGGAAUAUUUGUUAGAGUGAAUUUAUUAUUGUU